AUGUCAUUUUUCCCCACUAUUAAAGAAUUACCACCUGAUCCUUUAUUCGGUUUAAAAGCAAGAUAUAAUGCUGAUUCAAGACUGGAUAAAGUUGAUUUAGGGAUUGGUGCUUAUAGAGAUAACAAUGGUAAACCAUGGAUUUUACCUGCUGUCAAACAAGCUGAAAUCAAAUUGAUUACUAGUGAUGAUUAUAAUCAUGAAUAUUUAUCGAUUAGUGGAUUUGAACCAUUUUUAAAAGAAGCAGCUAAAAUCAUUUUAGGUACUGAAUCCAAAGCUAUUAAAGAAAAUAGAGUGGUAAGUCAACAAUCUUUAAGUGGUACUGGUGCUUUACAUGUUGCUGGUGUAUUUUUAAAAGAAUUUUAUUAUGGAGGAUCAAAAUCAAUUUAUUUAUCAUCUCCAACUUGGGCUAAUCAUCAACAAAUUUUCCGUAAUUUAGGAUUAAAUGUUGAAACUUAUCCAUAUUGGAAUAAUGAUAGUAAAUCACUUGAUUUAACCGGAUUUUUAUCUUCGAUUAAAUCAGCUCCUGAAGGUUCGAUUUUCCUUUUACAUGCUUGUGCCCAUAAUCCAACUGGUUUAGAUCCUUCAAGUGAACAAUGGAAACAAAUUUUAUAUGAAUUAGAAGCUAAAAAUCAUUUAAUUAUCUUUGAUAGUGCUUAUCAAGGUUUUGCUAGUGGUGAUUUAGAAAAAGAUGCCUUUGCCAUUAGAUAUUCUAUUGAUCAAGAUAUUAUUAAAACUCCGAUUAUUAUUUGUCAAUCAUUUGCUAAGAAUUGUGGUAUGUAUGGUGAAAGAGUUGGAGCUAUUCAUAUUAUAAAUCCAAUAAAUUCAACUGCUACUCUUGGAGCUAUUAAAUCUCAAUUUAAUAAAAUCAUUAGAUCAGAAAUUUCAAAUCCACCUGCUUAUGGUUCAAAAAUUGUUUCAACUAUUCUUAAUGAUCCAAAUUUAAAACAACAAUGGGAAAAGGAUUUAAUCACUAUGAGUUCCAGAAUUAAUAAAAUGAGAAUUGAAUUAUUUAAUCUUUUAACUCAUGAAUUAAAAACUCCUGGAAAUUGGGAACAUAUUAAAUCUCAAACUGGUAUGUUUUCAUUCACUGGGUUAUCAUCUGAAAUGGUGGCAAGAUUAGAAUCUGUUCAUGCUAUUUAUUUAGUAAGUUCAGGUAGAGCAAGUGUAGCAGGUUUGAAUGAUCAUAAUGUUAAAAAAGUGGCUAAUGCCUUUGAUGAAGUUGUUAGAUUUUAUGCUAAAUCAAAAUUAUAA